CGUGCUGGAAUCAUCAGUCUGCAGCUUGUAUUCAUCCUGAGGAUAUCAGAUCCUACACCGCCAACAUGAAAUUGUCUUGGGUGACUAUCGUCCUGUGCGCCAUGCUGGGCAUGACCCUGGCCAUGCCUGGUCCUGUGGCUCUACCUGACCCACAAGGACACUUUCACGGAGGACGUCGUGGCUUCGGCGGUGGCUUCGGAGGAGGUCGUCGUGGCUUUGGAGGUGGUGGUUUCGGAGGAGGCCAUGGCUUUGGAGGUGGCUUUGGAGGUGGCUUUGGAGGUGGCAUUCAUGGCGGUGGUUUCGGAGGUGGACAUGGCGGUGAUUUCGGAGGUGGCUUUGGCCGACCUCACGCUCAUGUCAAUGUUGGGCAUCAUGGUACUGAAAUUCUCAUACAUUAACCUUGAAACAUUCAAGAAAACGUAAGACAACCCCAGUUUAUAAACACUAGGAGGUCCUCUACUGCACCCCAUUGUCUAACUUCACCGGAAUCAUGUCUUUCAUCGCAUCGAUAAAUUAUGAGGAAAACAUUAUUGUACUCUACUGAAAUAAAAACUCAGUAAAAAAAACU